AGAUUGAAUGACGAGAAUAGUGUAUUGUUAGUGAAAUUUAUUUUUAGAGUCUGCUAAAAUGUUCAAGUGGUUGGUAUUUCUCACUGUUUGUUCAAUAAACGUUAUAGAUGGAACCCCAGUUUCGAUAAUAUGCGAAGAAGCAGAGAACAAACCCGAAUAUCUAUGCUGGUUAGACAUGAAUCAAGUGAAACUACCCAAACGAUCGGACGAACAACUAUUUUCAGAUAUUUUACAACCAUCUGUAAAACGUAACUCAGAACUAAGUAGUGCACUGAAAAUGCUGUAUGGCCAAAAUAAUAAACGAAAUCCGGAAUUGUCCAAUGCCUUGAUGAGUUAUAUGAGAAAUUCUAACCCGAAAAAUUGAGUCUAGGUUUUUUUUGUAUUUAUUCUACAAAUAAAAUAAUACUGAAUGCUUAA